CUGAAUGUCGCGAAACGAUACUCAAACUGUCAAAAAACGAACUAUGCAAAGCUGUCUGCUGUUUCGCUAAAUUUUCAGUUCGAAACAAGUGAUAUUAAGUGAAAUACUGCUAUCCUCGAACAAAUAUCGGCUAAACUUAACUAAAAGAAAUGUCGCUUGUUUGUAGCAUAUCCAAUGAAAUCCCGGAACAUCCAGUCGUUUCGCCCAGAUCGGGGGCAAUUUUUGAAAAGCGACUGAUUGAGAAAUACAUCGUCGAAAAUGAGUGCGAUCCGAUCAAUGGUGAGCCAUUGAAGGCAGAGGAAUUGAUCGAAGUCAAAACUCCUCCAAUCGUUCGACCGAAACCACCAAGCGCCACAAGUAUUCCAGCGACACUGAAAAUGAUGCAAGACGAAUGGGACGCACUGAUGCUGCACGCUUACACUCAAAGGCAGCAGCUGCAAACGGCUCGCCAAGAAUUGUCACACGCCUUGUACCAGCAUGAUGCUGCUUGUCGUGUAAUUGCCCGUUUGAACAAGGAAGUAGCUGCCGCUCGCGAAGCUUUAGCUACGCUGAAACCACAGACCGGAAUGGGUUCGAUUCAAUCGAGCGUUAUUCAGCAGCCAUCAAUCGCUGCCGAAGCGGGUGGAGUUGCGAUCCAACCAAUCGAACAGGCUGGCAUGAGUGUCGAAGUUAUACAGAAGUUACAAGAUAAAGCAACGGUGCUUACGCAGGAACGAAAAAAGAAAGGCCGUACCGUUCCAGAAGAAUUGGUUAGUGCCGAAAAGAUACGAGGAUUUCUUACGUUGGCUUCUCAUCCGGGUUUACAUUCGGCUAGUGUUCCUGGAAUUCUAGCACUAGACAUUAAUCAUUCCGAUCAGAGCAAGAUCCUUACUGGUGGAAAUGAUAGAAACGCAACUGUGUUCAACAAGGACACCGAGCAGAUUGUGGCAAUCCUCAAAGGACACACCAAGAAGGUGACGAAGGUUAUUUUUCAUCCGGAGGACGAUACGGUUAUAACCGCGUCUCCGGAUGCGUGCAUCCGCAUCUGGCACGUGCCAACAUCUCAAACACAACUAUUACUUCGGUGUCACGAUGGUCCGGUGACAGGUCUCUCGCUGCAUCCCACGGGAGAUUACGUACUGUCCACGUCUUCCGACAAGCAUUGGGCAUUUUCCGAUAUCCGCACUGGUCGUUUGCUGACGAAGGUCCCCGAUACAGCCGACAUUGGCUUGACAACCGCUCAAUUCCAUCCGGAUGGAUUGAUUUUCGGAACGGGAACCGAGGACUCGCAAGUUAAAAUUUGGGAUCUCAAAGAACAGAGCAAUGUGGCAAAUUUCCCCGGACACACGGGACCCAUCACGGCAAUUUCCUUUUCCGAAAACGGUUACUAUUUGGCUACCGCGGCCGAUGAUGCGUGCAUCAAACUGUGGGAUUUGAGAAAGUUGAAAAAUUUCAAAACCAUCACCUUGGACGAGGGAUACGAAGUUAAAGAUCUGUGCUUUGACCAAAGCGGUACUUAUUUGUCCAUUGCAGGAACCGAUAUCAGAAUAUUCUUGUGCAAACAGUGGCAAGAAUUGAAAGUAUUCAACGAUCAUACUGCACUAGCAACCGGAAUUCGAUUCGGAAAGCACGCCCAAUAUGUCGCCUCAACAAGUAUGGAUCGUACGCUCAAAUUGUACGGCAUAGAAUAACAAGUUUCCGUAUUAGCUCUAAACAUGCAAAAAUAUAAUGAUAAAUAAUAAUGGAACACACACUACCAAAUCAGUUUAUUAUUAUCAGUUUUCAUGAAAAGUUGUAUCUAGUUUAUUUUAUCGUGAUUUUUGCAUUCAUUAUUUUUUUCUUUGACAAUGUAUUGAAAUUC